GCGCCCUUCGACCAGUUUUCCUUUCAACUGUUCGUUCCCCCUUCGCUCGUUUCUACCCUCUCGCGCAUCCCCGGUCAUUUGAGCGCUUGUUUGUCUGCUCCCUCCGCGCUUGGGGUGGUUGCCCGCUUUAUUUACUUGCUCCGUUGUCUGACUUCCCCAGUCGGUGCACUCCUUGCUCCUUGUUUCCCUGAUACCCUCACGCCUCAUUGCUUCUUGCGCCAUCCUUGCAUUCUGUUCCCACGGGGCUUUGCUUGAGCGUCCGAAUUCAGUUCACACAUAAUACGACUUUAAUCUCGUUCAACAACCAUGGCCUACCAAGGCACUGGUAAUCACUCGCCUCCCGGCUACGAUGACGGUGGUCAUCGGCUCCAGGAUCUACCGGCUGGAAACAACUAUGAAGAAGAAGCGUCUAGAGGAUUGCUAUCGAGCCAAACAGGCCCAUUCACAGGUCCUUUUGAUGACCCCCAGCAGCGCAAUCUGUCCCCGGCUCGGCCCACCUCUGGAUACAGCUUGACCGAGACAUAUGCUGCCGAUGCGGGUUAUCAUGAUCCCUACAGUGCAGGUGGCUCUGUUUACUCUGCACAGUCUGGAGAGAACCCCGCGGCUGCCUUUGGCGUCCCCGGCCGUGUUGCUUCGCCCUAUGCUCGUAGCGAAACCUCGUCAACAGAGGCUUGGCGCCAGAGACAGGCCCCUGGAGGUGCAGGUAGUGGUGGCGGCGGUGGUGGUCUGCGCCGCUACGCUACCAGAAAGGUCAAGCUUGUGCAGGGCUCAGUCCUGAGUGUUGACUACCCGGUGCCUAGUGCUAUCCAAAAUGCAAUCCAGGCAAAGUAUAGGAACGACCUGGAGGGCGGAAGCGAAGAAUUCACACACAUGCGAUACACCGCGGCCACAUGUGAUCCUAAUGAGUUUACCCUUCACAAUGGCUACAACCUUCGUCCUGCCAUGUACAACAGACACACCGAGUUGUUGAUUGCUAUCACGUAUUAUAAUGAAGACAAGACUCUUACAGCCCGUACGCUCCAUGGUGUCAUGCAAAACAUCCGUGACAUUGUGAACUUAAAGAAGUCCGAGUUCUGGAACAAGGGUGGGCCGGCCUGGCAAAAGAUUGUGGUCUGCUUGGUUUUCGAUGGUAUCGACCCCUGUGACAAGGAUGUGCUGGAUGUUUUGGCCACCGUUGGUAUUUACCAGGAUGGCGUGAUGAAGCGUGAUGUUGACGGAAAGGAAACCGUUGCCCACAUCUUCGAAUACACGACGCAAUUAUCCGUUACCCCCAACCAGCAGCUCAUUCGCCCGACAGAUGACGGCCCCAGCACGCUACCCCCGGUUCAGAUGAUGUUCUGUUUGAAGCAGAAGAACAGCAAAAAGAUCAACUCUCAUAGAUGGCUUUUCAAUGCUUUCGGCCGUAUCCUGAACCCCGAGGUCUGCAUUCUUCUCGAUGCUGGUACCAAGCCUGGACACAAGUCACUUCUGGCCCUGUGGGAGGCCUUCUACAACGACAAGGAUCUCGGAGGUGCUUGUGGUGAAAUCCACGCCAUGUUGGGUAAGGGUUGGAGAAACCUGAUCAACCCUCUCGUGGCAGCCCAGAAUUUCGAAUACAAGAUCAGUAACAUUCUGGACAAGCCGUUGGAGAGUUCUUUCGGUUAUGUCAGUGUGUUGCCUGGUGCUUUCUCCGCAUACCGAUUCCGUGCAAUCAUGGGUCGUCCAUUGGAGCAGUAUUUCCAUGGUGAUCAUACCCUCUCCAAACAGCUGGGUAAGAAGGGUAUCGAGGGAAUGAACAUUUUCAAGAAGAACAUGUUCUUGGCCGAGGACCGUAUCUUGUGUUUCGAGCUGGUUGCUAAGGCUGGCUCCAAGUGGCAUCUGUCAUAUGUUAAAGCCUCGAAGGGUGAAACUGACGUGCCUGAAGGUGCUGCGGAGUUCAUCUCGCAGCGUCGUCGUUGGUUGAACGGAUCCUUCGCAGCCGGUAUCUAUUCGCUCAUGCACUUCGGACGUAUGUACAAGAGUGGCCACAACAUCAUUCGGAUGUUCUUCCUUCAUAUUCAGAUGCUGUACAACACUUUCUCCACGAUUCUUACAUGGUUCUCCCUGGCUUCCUACUGGCUUACAACAUCGGUUAUCAUGGACCUGGUCGGUACUCCUAGCGCUAGCAACGGUCACACUGGUUUCCCCUUUGGCAAGACGGCAACUCCCAUUGUCAACACCAUCGUCAAAUAUGCCUACCUUGGUUUCCUGCUCCUCCAGUUCAUUCUGGCUUUGGGUAACCGCCCCAAGGGUUCUCGGUUCUCGUACCUCGCAUCUUUCGUUGUUUUCGGUAUCAUUCAACUCUACGUUGUCGUCGAUGCACUUUACCUGGUAGUCCGCGCUUUCAGCGGCAGCGCUCCGAUGGACUUCGACACCACGCACGGUGUUGGUGCGUUCCUUGGUUCGUUCUUCGGGUCGACCGGUGCCGGUAUCAUUAUCAUCGCGCUUGCUGCCACUUUCGGUCUGUACUUCGUCGCUUCGUUCAUGUACAUGGACCCGUGGCACAUGUUCACCUCCUUCCCUCAGUACAUGGCCGUGCAGUCUUCUUACAUCAACAUCCUCAACGUGUAUGCCUUCAGCAACUGGCACGAUGUGUCCUGGGGUACCAAGGGUUCUGAUAAGGCGGAUGCUCUUCCCUCCGCGAAGACGACCAAGGAAGGAGGCAAGGAAACUGUCAUUGAGGAAAUUGACAAGCCUCAAGCCGAUAUUGACAGCCAGUUUGAAGCUACGGUGAAGCGUGCUUUGACACCAUAUGUGGCUCCCGAAGAGAAGGAAGAGAAGAGUUUGGAUGACUCGUACAAGAGCUUCCGUACGAGACUGGUAACAUUCUGGAUCUUCAGUAACGCUCUGAUGGCUGUUUGCAUCACCAGCGAUGGUGUGGAUAAGUUUGGCUUCACGAACUCUGCCACCGAUCGUACAUCACGUUUCUUCCAGGCUCUACUGUGGUCCAACGCCGUUGUCGCGCUAUUCCGCUUCAUUGGAGCUUGCUGGUUCCUGGGUAAGACCGGUGUGAUGUGUUGCUUCGCCCGCCGCUAGAGAAGGUGCGCAGCAUAAUGAACGAAAAGUUGUCAAUGAGGGGUGCUUUGCUCAUGGCCGGCAGAGGCCUCGUGGAGUUAUUCUUGGCACAUUUUUGUCGCAAUUUUGUAUUCUACAUACGAUGUUUAUUCUUUGUUUCCCAGGUUCGGCUGUGUUUUGUUUCAGGUUGGAUUUGCACAUUUCAUAGGGACUGCAGGCACGACAAUGUUUUGUAGACUCUUAGCGCAUUAGAAAUGGGAUGUAUUCAAGGGCGUGGAAGGCGAUCGGUUGACUGUUUUACGCGGGGACUCCCACAGAUAAUGUUCGAAAUGAAACCCUCAUAAUAAC